CGAAGGAGAGGAGUGACACGCCCCGGAGCCACGCGAGCCGCCAGUCCCCAGAGGCGUCACCAGGGGCGUCACCAGGGGCGUCACCAUGGACACUGCUUGCUGUUUCAUGGCGUCGUAAUGGGUUAGGUCAAGGAAUAUAUUAGGAGUCUGAGGCAGUGUAAAGAUAACUGCUUCUUAGGGACCUUUGCGUGGUGGUAGUAGUAGUAGUAGUAGUAGUAGUAGUAGUAGUAGUAGUAGUAGUAGUAGUAGUAGUAUAUAGUAGUAGUAGUAGUAGUAGUAGUAGUAGUAGUAGUAGUAUAUAGUAGUAGUAGUAGUAGUAGUAGUAGUAGUAGUAGUAGUAGUAGUAGUAGUAGCAGCAGCAGCAGCAAAAAUAAUGGUAAUAAAAAUCUAGCAACACUUAUUUAUAAACCAAUCUAUGUACAGUCCACUUACUAACACAUUCUUUCAUUAUUGGCCAAGUGCUUUGAGCACAGAAAUAGCUUAGUAUCUAUUAUUCUACCUUCUCGCCAUGGUCCCACCGCACCUAGCGGUCGGCGGAGGGUAGAAAUAUUCCGCAAAAGAUACAGAUUCCACGUUAGAGUUAAAUAACUACUCUAGCUCUGCGCUCUGAUUGGUCAGCCAGGUGGCGUGAUGGGGGGACCCCCUCCCUGCUUGGUAAGGCAGCCAUCAUUCCUUCUGCGGAACUCGUCUUGAUUUCACGUUUUUCACUUCGCUCCAGUUGUGUCAUGGUGAGUUCCUGCUUUUCCUAGGUUAGCCUGUCUUUUAACAGAGGUUGUGCGUGUUCUUUUGGUCCCGUUGUACCCAGGCGGGAACGAGUUACACCUUCUGUGUUUCUCUUCGUCUUUCUCGCGGGGCAGGCCGUCUGCCUGCCUCUCUUAGAUUCGCACGUGGUCUUCCAUGCUUGUGCCCUGGUGCCCUGGCAGGUGCAGUGUGGUUUGCCACCUUAUGCGUCCCCUUAUGUGUCGCCUUCAGUGACACGAGCACGUGUGUUUUAUUUGUUCUUCUCCUUCAGAGAGUGUUUGUUUUUCUUUCAGCCAUCGCAGUCUUUGUGUGCAGAGGUGGGUUGCUCGGUUCGCGUGUCGGAUGACGGACACGACCGCUGCUCUACCCAUUCUCCCUGUUGUUCCCUUUCUGGUUUUGACCCCUCCAAGUGCUCUGUCUGUUGGUCGUGGGCGGUGCAAAUUAGAGAAGCCCCUGUGAAGUCUCGUUCUGCGCUGCCUGCCCUUCAGGCUUUACGUAAGGCCUGGAUGAAGGCUAGAAAGGCGUUUGCGAAGCGUGCAGGCCCCCCCUUGCUUUGGGCUGACCCCACCCUCGGCGCCGAGUUGGGUCUAUGUCGUCGGCGCUCCUCUACCACUUGUACGGCGGGGUCUGAAGGCGGCACCCUUCAGCCCACCGGCACUGGGGCCGGGGAGCAGUCUUCCUACUUGGACGACCCCUACGGGGAGUGCACUGAGGAGACGGCCCCACGUGGUGUCUCCGGCAACACGCUCGUCCCCUCUCCCCGCCCUAGCAGGACGCCCUCGGGCUCCUCUCGCCGGAGGAGACGGACUCGCUCCGGGGGGAGGUCCAGCGCGAAGAGGUCCCGCCGUUCGCGGUCGUCCUCCUGCUUUCGUUCCUCCACCCCUUCCUCCUCGUUGUCAGCGUCCACCCGUCCUCGACGCCGCAAGCGUUCUUGUCGCGCAGGUUUGGACGACGUCGUUGAUUGGAGGCAGAAGGUGAAGGAGGUACUUUCUGACAUCUUACCGUGCUUGGCAGAGGCCGGGCUGGGUUUGCCCCCCGCGGCUCCCCCAGCCCCGACUCCGGCCCCUCACGCCUCGCCUCGGGCGCCGGCUGCGCCCUCGACCUCGACUACCUCGGCGGCUGUUUACAUGCCACCAGGGCAGCCGACGCACGGAGGGGCUUGCUCCGAUGACGAGGAUGAGGUUUCUCCCUCUCUGAACCAGGUCUCCCCUCCUUCCCCUCCUCCGCCUCAUGGCGUCUCUCCUCCUCUGGCCGCGGCGGACUUCCGCCCCUACAACUGGCUCCCUCUUCCCCCCACUUGGGUUCAUCAGACGGAGAUGGGUAAGCUGGUCGCUUACGCUCCUGACGAGGCUCGUCCGGGAACAUGGAGGCAUCUUGACGACGUUCAGGUGCGUUUGGGAUCCCGGGACGGCGGCGAUCCUGAAGUUUUGUAUAGGGCCAAACCCCUAUCGACUCCUACUCCGCUGCCGACGAAGUUGUCUCCGAAAGCUACGCUGGACGCAGUGUCGGUGUUAUUGAACAACCCCAGAGCUACCACGUCCCAGUCCCACUCCAUCGAUGCCUCGGGUGACGCCCCAUGUCUAGAGUUCGCCCUGUCAGCCUUCUUCCCUGGCGAGCGCUCGCUGAAGCCGCUGGACGUGGCAUCCAUGCUCGAGAAGGCUUCUGACCAUGGCAGGGACAACGUUCGAUGGCCAGUGCCUCCUUCAGUGCCCUGUCGCCUUCCACCCACCAGAGCCGAUCCUCGUCUUUCCUCCUGCCUAUGGAGGGGCUCGACAGACCCCUCUCUCCCCCACCAGGUACGGGAGCCGGAGCAGCGUCUGGCGGCAGCAGAGUCGCAGUCCCGACAGAAGCUUGCCCACCGCCUGUCUACAGUGGGCCUCGUCUCCCUCCUGAGAGACCGUCUGCACGACCUGGCCUCCACGUUUCAGGACUGUCCUCCUGAGGAGUUGCACGAUAUCUUGCUGACGUUAGCAGACGUAGCUGAGGGCACAGCAGGGAUGAUGGCUUUCGACCUCUCCCACCUUGCAAAGUCCUUCGCCGAGGCUAGGUUGGAGGCACGACAAUCGGCUGCGAGGGACGUCCCGGAGGCCGCCAGGAGGGGCGUCGUCAGGGCUGAGCCCCUCUCCACGGGACUUUUUGACCCCGUGGCGACAGACCGGGUCUUCUCCUCUGUGCCGACCAUCAUUCAGGUCACUCCUCAGCCACCUGCCAGACCUCGUCCGACUCCGACCCCGGUGCAGCGCCAGAACCCUUUGUACCGCCAGCCCUUUCCAAAGAAGAGGGCACAACCAGAGUACCAGCAAGGGUACAAAAAGGCGCCUUCAACUACUUCCCAAGGAAAAAAGCAGCCCAACCAGCACCGCGAGACUGCGGACUAUGCCACGUCCACUUCCACCAAGCCCUUCCCCUCCCAGCGGCCCCCUUUCCGGAACCAGCAAGGGAAGAAGAACUAG